GAGCUAUGAUGGCACGUAUUGAUCCACAAAUUGAUUUUCUCCACUUGUUGUGCACUGCGCAUGACUGGUGAUGUCAUCACAAGAAAAAUUCACAGGAGGGGAGAGCUUGAGCGGCGGCUCUACUGUUUUCUUGCUAAAGUCGUGUUCUGAAGAAUGCGAAUGGAUUGCAAGGUCUAUGUGGGCAACCUUGGCAACAAUGCUGCAAAGCAUGAGCUGGAGUCAGCAUUCACCAAGUAUGGUCCAUUAGUGAAUGUGUGGGUUGCACGUAAUCCUCCUGGCUUUGCAUUUGUUGAAUUUGAGGAUCCACGGGAUGCUGAAGAUGCAGUUCGAGCCCUGGAUGGAACUCGUUUAUGUGGUGUGCGUGUAAGAGUGGAGAUGUCCACUGGCCGAUCACGCCGUGAACGAUACCGUUCUUCCCCAAGACGAGGUGGAAGUAGGCGAUCAAGGUCCCGUUCACCUAGGAGGUUUGGUCGUUCUCGUUCCAGAUCACCAAGACGCUCCCGAUCUCGCUCCCCCAGAUUUGUGUUGAUCUUUCUUAGAACCAAAUGCUUCAUAGUAAUGAGAGACUUCUAGAACUGUUCCCAAAGGUCACAAGAAGUGCUAGAAUAGCAAGUGACACUACGUUGACUCCAUUUUAUACAGUUAAAGGAUUUUUUUUUUUUUUUUGGUGUGUCUCAUUGUAUUUGGUUUUGGCCAUGCUGUUUUGUUUCAUAAAAAAUAACCUAACCUAUAUCUAUAAGAAUGGAGAGAGCAAGGGGAAGGGAGGAGGGAGAGUGAUGAAGAAAGAAAAUACAACCUGUAUCUGAGGGACUAGAAUGAUCUGUAACUUUAAUUGCUAAAGUUUGUAAGUUAUAUAAAAUUAAUGAGGAGGUAUUAAAAACUUUCAUGGGUUUAUGAAGGAUGAGGUAAACCAUAGACUUGAUGAAAAAAGGAGAGUGGUGCAUUGAGGUAUCUGUGGAGACAAAGAACUUUAUCCAAGGAGGCAAAGAAGGGAACAUACUUGAGUAUAGUGGUACCAACACACUUACAUGGGUGUGAAGCAUGGGUUGUAAAUACUGCAGCGAGGACGUGGCUGGAGGCAGUGAAGAUGUCAUGUCUAAGGGCAGUGUGUGGUAUAAAUAUUAUGCAGAGAAUUUGGAGUGUGGAAAUUAGAAUGUGUGAAGUUAUUAAAAGUAUUAGAGGGCUGAAGAGGGGCUGUUGAAGUGGUUUGGUCAUUUAGAGAGAAUGGAACAAAGAAUGACUUGGAGAACGUAUAAAUCUGUUGGAGAAGGAAGUUGGGGUAGGGGUCGUCCCCAAAAAGAUGGGAGGGAGGGGGCAAAGGAGGUUUUGUGGGCGAAGGGGCUGGACUUCCAGCAAGCGUGUGAGAGCAUGUUAGAUAGGAGUGAAUGGAGACGAAUGGUUUUUGGAACCUGAUGAGCUGUUGGAGUGUGAGCAGGGUAAUAUUUUGUCAAAAAUUCAGGGAAAUCGGUUAGCCAGACUUGAGUCCUAGAAGUGGGAAGUACAAUGCCUGCACUUUAAAGGAGGAAUUUAGGAUAUUGGCAGUUUGGAGGGACGUCUAAACUGUCGUAUCUGAGCGUCUCUGCAAAGACAGUAAUUAUGUAUGAGUGAUGGUGAAAGUGGUGAAUGAUGAAAGUUUUUUCACUCUUUUGGGGGUUUUCUUUCUUUUUAGGCCACCCUGCCUUGGUGGGAAACGGUCGACGUCUUAAAAAAAAAAAGAAAAAACGAGUAUUUGAUGAUGCAAAAUUUUAUACAAACUUUUUUUUUUUUUUUUUAAUGCUGUCUCCCACUGAAGCAGGGUGACCCAAAAAAAAAAAAAAAGAAAUUUUCAACAUCAUUCACACUAUCACUGUCUUGCAAGAGGUGUGCAUAUACGUACGACAGUUUAGAUAUCGCUCUAAACUGCAAAUAUUCCAAACCCCUCCAUUAGCGUGCAGGCACUGUACUACCACCUCCAGGACUCAAGUCCAGCUAACUGGUUUCCACUGAAUCCCUUCACAAAAUAUUACCCUGCUCACACUCCCAACAGCUCAUCGAGUCCCAAAAUCCAUUCAUCUCCACUCACUCCUAUCUAACAUGCUCACACAUGCUGGCUGUAUGUCCAAGCCCCUUGCAUACACAACCUCUUUUACCUUCCCUCCCUCCAUCCUUUCCUAAGACGAGCCCUACCUUGCCUUCCCUCCACUAAAGACUUAUGCACCUUCCAAGUCAUCCUAUUUUGCUCCAUUCUCUCUAAAUGACCAAGCCACCUCAACAACCCCUCCUCAGCUCUCUGAAUAAUACUUUUAGUAUCUCCACAUCUCCUAAUAUUCACACUAUGAAUUCUCUGCAUAAUAUAUAUGCCACACAUUCCCCUCCAUUACAUCUCCACUGCCUCCAGCCUCUUUGUUGCUGCAAUGUUCACAAUCCAUGCUUCACACCCAUGGGUUGUGAAUUUCUUCUUUCAACAAACCAGCCGAUAUGCCACCGAGGCAGGGUGGCCAAAAAAGAAAAACAAAAGUUUCUCUUCAUAACUUUAGUAAUGUAUAUAGAAGGGGUUACUAGUUCCUUGCUCCCAGCAUUGUAGUUGCCUCUUAAUAACAUGCAUGGCUUAUGGAAGAAGAAUUCUGCUCCAUUUCCCCAUGGAGAUAAACAAGAACUAGCAAGAAAAUAGAAGAAAACCCAGAGGGGUGGGUAUAUAUAUGCCUGUAUAUGUUUAGUGUGACCUAAGUGUAAGUAGAAGUAGCAAGACAUACCUGAAACCUUGCAUGUUUGAGACAAAAAAAAACACUAGCAAUCCUACCAUCAUGUAAAGCAAUUACAGGUUUCCAUUUUACACUUGCUUGGCAGAACAGUAGUACCUUCCUGGGCAGUUGCUGUCCACCAACCUACUACCUAGGGGUUGUAAAUUUACCAUGACUAAGUUCCUUGAAAAGAACUUGGGUAGAAUAAAUGGAAGUAUAAAUAGUUGAUGGAAUUGAAUGUUAACCCUUUCACUGUCCAGACCCAUUAAAUUAAUAUUGCUCUGUCCUCUGUUUAAUUAAACCAAAAUGGUAGAAAGUCCUUUUCUGAAGGUAAUGGAACAAAUGUAUCUUUACCCUUAUUUAAGGUCUGCUCAUUUACUUAAAGGUAAAACCUUGGUCUACAUAUUCUCUACCCUUCAUAAAUCUUCCCUGCUCCUUUGUAAUCCUAUUUUUUCUUUCCCUUAACCUUUUCAUUAAUUGUUUUGAACUUUACCUGGUACACUCAUCCCUAUCAUUCCUACAUUCUCCUGUUCCCUUUUCCCUUACACAGAGGAAACAAUGCAUGCUUUCUACCAGUCCUUUAGUACCUUCUCUUUCUUGCAUCUAUUCUGAACAAUCACUCCUACCUGCUUUUAACAUUUACCUUAAUCCCAUCUACCUACCCCAGCCACUUUACUCCUCUUUCAUUUUAUCCAUUGCCUUGCCUACUUUCCCCACAUCCCACUAAUAAAUGAGGUUAUCCCUCCCUUCCCAGUGCAUGAAAUCACUGCUUUCCUUUAUCAGUAACAUUCAGCAGCUUGUCAGAAUUACAUAUAAUGAUAAAAGGAUACAAGAGAAUAAAGAAAAUCGCUCACAUCAACAGAGACAGUGCUUACAGUUACUAACAAAAGAAAGUACAGUAAUUUUUGUGUUUUAAGUCUACUACUAUUUUUUUUUUUCCUCAUGGACAGUGGUAGAACAGUGGAAUGGUGCUACAUCUGUUGGAAAUUAAAAAAAAUUAUCAAUUUAGUUCUGAAAAUGGGACACCAUGAGCAUAGCUCUGUUGUUGUAGCUCUAUAUAGGUAGAAAUAAUAGGUGCUAUAAGCACAUGCAACUUCUACAGUGUUACAGGGGCUAUAAUCACAUGCAAAUCCUUCACACUGCUACACACAGAUCACAUCAAAUGCUACAGUGCUACAAACAGCUCAUCUCACAUUGUGAUGCACACUCAGACUUCACAGUACUGCAUAAGCACAACAUAGGUAGGUUGGUAGACAGCAACCAUCCAGGGAGGAGUUACCAUCUUGUCAUAAGUGUGUGAAAUGGAAGUUUCUGUUUUACACUGGCAGGAUUAUUGGUCUUUAUUUUUCUGUCUAUUAAACCUUGUAAAUGAUGCAGAAUUGUAUGUAUAUUUAGUAUAUGCUUUACUUUGUGUAUUUUUCUUAAUAGUUCAUAUUUCCAAUUAGGAAGUCUGGUCAGAGAUGUGGCUGUGGGGCAAAUGAUCGUCAGAAUCGUUUAGAUUAACUGUUUAGUAUUAACGUGCAUAACACCAUGCUGUAUAAAGCAGACCCCAUACCAAGGUACAUAAGUAGAUCUCUCACUACUAUGCCUGCAAACCUCUCACUGUGCUGCACAUGCAGGCCCCCCUUGCUGUGCUGCACAUGCAGGCUCCCAUCGCUGUGCUGCAUGUGCAGGCCCCCCUUGCUGUGCUGCACGUGCAGGCCCCCCUCGCUGUGCUGCACGUGCAGGCCCCCCUCGCUGUGCUGCACGUGCAGGCCCCCCUCGCUGUGCUGCACAUGCAGGCCCUCCCUCGCUGUGCUGCACGUGCAGGCCCCCCCUCGCUGUGCUGCACAUGCAGGCCCUCCUCACUAUGCUGCACAUGCAGGCCCUCCUCGCUGUGCUGCACAUGAAGGCCCCCCUUCCUCGCUGUGCUGCACAUGAAGGCCCCCCUUCCUCGCUGUGCUGCACAUGCAGACCCCCCUUCCUCACUGUGCUGCACAUGCAGACCCCCCUUUCUCGCUGUGCUGCACAUGCGGAUCCCCCCCUCGUUGUGCUGCACAUGCGGAUCCCUCUUCACUGUGCCGUAUGUGCUGACUCCUCUCUGUUACAGACUUAUCACUGCCACACAUGCAAACUUCUCACUAGAGUCCUGCAUACAGAUCUCUCACUGCUACACAUUUAAGUCUCACUGUGCUUCACAUACUGGCCUCUGCGUCCUGCACACAGCCCACAAUACAUAAGUGCAGAAUGCUAAAAAAUAUUCAGAUAAACACCAAUUAUUUUU